AUGACUGUCAACGGGCUUGCCCAAGUCAUUGCCGACGAGGUGGACACGUCGACCCCGAAGACCGUGUCCAUCAUCUUCCCCGAUCCAACCACGGCCAAUGACGAGAGACUCGUGUCCCGACUCACUGCCAUAGUCAAUGCCGUCUUCUCCGACGCCGAGAAGGGCAUCUUCUUGCCCGAAUACCAGCGCACGACCGACCGAGAGAUCAAGGCAUUUAUCCAGAGCCGAAAACUUGCCGUAGCCUACCUCUGCCCCUCCAACGAGCCCAUCGGCUGCGUCUUCAUCAAGAAACUGACGCCCGAGCGAGGCGAGUUCGGCAUGCUCGCUCUCGACCCGGCUCACCACGGGGCUGGGUUCGGCCGCCUGCUCGUCAGCUUCGCGGAGGAGUACUGCCGCAGCGAGGGGUGCACCGUGAUGCAAGUCGAGUUGCUUGUGCCUACACACUGCACGAAUGCCUUCAAGGAGAGAAUGCAAGCUUGGUACAAGCGGCUCGGAUACGAGAUUGUAAAACUCGGCGACUUCAGCCAGGAUUAUCCCGACCUAGCCCCUCUUCUCGCUGGGCCCGCCGAAUACAGAGUUUUCGACAAGCCAUUAGCAUGA